AUGGCCUCUGGUGGUUUGCCAUGCCGAGAUUCUCAGAAGAAAAAAAAGAAGACCAGCAAAAAGGGGAAUGACUAUGAUGUAGAGGACAAAGAGGUUCAAUCUGACAUAGAGAAUCUUACAGCAUGUGGACAGAGUGCUCUACAUCAGGGAGACUACUCUGAGGCUCUUGAUUACUUCAAGAAGGCAUUCAAGGCUGCUGUAAAGCUCAACAAGACUAAAGUGCAGCGAGUGUGUGCCGUUAAUCUCGGAGCAGCAUAUGUGGAGGCAGGUAAGCCCGAGAAAGGCCUGCACUUCCUGUCACGAGCUGAGCCGGGUGAGAAGGGCGAGCGCAUGGCAGACCUGCAGUUCAACCUGGCAGCAGCCCACGAGGCUCUGGAGGACCACGGCCGGGCAGUCCGGCACUACCUGCAGGCGGCACAGCUCUACCGAUCGCAAGGAGAUGGGGGUAGCGAGGGGGACACCUGUGUCAGGCUGGCCCACUGUCACCUGUGCAGGAAGGAGCUGGGUGAGGCGGUGGAGAGUUACCUGCGGGCGGCAGAGAGCUAUAAGGUGGCGGGGAAGACGACCUCUGCAGCUGUGGCACUGAAGGACGCUGGGGGUUGCAUGCUGCAGUGUGACAGCUUUACAGCCAAUGAUAUCAUCAGCGUGCUCACAGAAUGCUUGGAGCUGAGUGGCAGCAUCGCCGAGCAAGAGACACUCGGUAAGCUGUAUAAUGCUGUGGGUCUGAGCUUCUCCCAGCUGAAGCUCUUUGCCGAGGCCAUGGAGUGCUAUGAAGCGGCUCUGCCGCUAUUCCACUCCACGCCACGCCGGCUGGCUGUGGUGCUGCAGAACCUGGGCGCGGCCCACAACGGUCUGGCGCAGUACCAGCAAGCCCUGCAAUACCACAGAGAAGCAGCCGCUCUUCAUGGGUCGCUAGGCAGCCGGCGGGCCCAAGGCCGCUGUUUCUGUAACCUGGGCUUCGCUCUCAGUGAACUAGGGGAACUGGAAGAGGCAGGCGAGAGCUAUCUCCAUGCUCAACAGGCUUUCAAGGACACUGAUGACUCCUCAGGGCUGUGGCAGGCGUGUGACGGCCUGGGUAGCAUCAGAAUUAGAAAGAGGGACCCAGAGAAAGCCAUUCUCUACUACAAGCAGGCUCUAGCACUGCUCUCCAAAUGCAAGGAUGUCUCCAGCUCUGUACAGGAGCGUCUGGUCAACAGUCUGAGUGAGGCUUUGCAGUUGAAGCUAACCAUGCAGCAGCGAGCACCCAUACAGAGAGGGCCGCCCGCUCGCCGACUCAUCCAGGCGACAAAUGUCCGCGGCCGGCAGCUAAAAGGGACUGACACCAGGAGCACCAAGGGAGCUCUAGAUGAGCAACAUAGCGGAGAACUGCGGAAUGAUCAGACGGUAGAAGACGGCUCGCAGGUCAGAUAUACUAAAGAGUGGAAAACUACAGAAGCAUAUGCACAAAGGAAAGCCCAUGGUGACAUGACUCGAUCAUCAAAAGUACUAUACACAGAACCACCUAAUUAUCCAAAAGCCCUACCAGAGGCCAACAGGAAUUGGAACAACACAUACCAGAAAGCUGAUGUGCAUUACAAGAAUCUUGACGCCCAUGUCAACUCACAACGAGAUGAGCUCAUGUGCGGAAGUUCUAAGCAGAGACUUGCAGAAUUGACCUGUGAGACCCCAUUGAUGGAAAGCACAGAGCUCUCACGCCCUGCACAGCUUGACAGUGAAGAAGCCACAGCCCUAUACGGGAGAACAAAGUCCAGGUUCUGCACAGUUAUGUGACCUUGGUACAGCCAUUGAGUUUGUCCUCCCUGGAUCAUGGAGCAGGAACGACACCUGAAACUUUGCUCUGCUAUAAAUAUUGACUAAAUCUGCUGAUGCCAUAUGAAAAAAAAUGAAUAAGCAACAGUGCUGUCCGACUUCUGCGUAGAAAAGGUGUGCUGAUUCUCACACGCAACACCAUAUGGACAUACAGACAGAGCAUGCAUCAUCAACGGCCGUCAUCGUUUGGUAUUCCUUAUAGGAUGGCUGCACUUGAACCCUUUUGCCUUUGGCUGUGACUUUGGUAAUACUGCUUCCAGGACUGAUUGUGAUUAUUCUCAUCAUAGUCGUAGGUGUGACGCUUCCACUGUAACAGUGUAUUUGCUAGGUUUGCACUUUUACAUUUAUUUCAUGAAACAAAGCACCUGUGCUCAGCUCUGCCAUCCACACAGGCUUUUAGCAACAAGAACUCACUAAACAAAAGCAAGCCUUUUAGUGGCUGCCCUUUCUGUGUGAUUUGCAUUCC